AGGGAAUUCCCGCAAGAGGGCGUUAUUCAGGAAAAAGUCCUGUUGACAAAACACCCAUCACGAGGAAAUACAAAGGCAUUUACGUCAAAUUGGAAACUUUAUCAAGUGUGAUGAUCCAACCAAAUGAGUUUGUUUAGAAAGCGCGGUCCUACCUCAGAAGAUGUUGCACGUGAGAAUCAAGUUAAGAGAGCCAUCACCAAGGAGUUGUCCUCAUCAAUUAGGACCCUCCAAAGGGAACAUCAUCGCAAAGAUGAAGUCAUCACGAGCACGGAUCAGGCAAAUGCUGUGUGUAAUAUAUUAGAAGCCAUUUUUCUGCAUAAUCUGAAAAAUUCUGUUUCUAAAAAGUUUGCAAACUAUAUGGGGCUUAGUCAGACGGGUGAAAAUGGAGACAUUUCAAUUAAUUUCUGGCAAUUUGCUGUCAAGUUUACACACGGCGAUGUCAUAGCCCAGCUGAAGAGGCUUGGCCAGGUCACCACGGAAAUCGGACUAUGUCGGGCCUGGAUCCGCAUGGCGCUGAAUGACUGUCUCAUGGAAAGUUACGUAGACGCUAUGUUGGCUGACAAGAAAACCUUGGAAAUGUUUUAUCAUCGAACGGCAUACCUGCGUGACCAUGAACAACCUGAGAUAUUCAAAUCGUACCUCAAAGGUCUGAUGUCCUUGGAAUUCAAGCUGUCGUACAACUCCCGAGUGUUAAAUAGCUGGUCAAAGUCUCCGUUGAUCCUAGCAGGUCUUCUCCAACCGGACAACACCCCUCUACCGGUCAUGUCAACAGAACAAAAAGAUUCCAGCCCCGAUGAAAAGUAUUAUGAUGGAGCAGUGGCAAACGGACACGACGUUGUGGACAUACGGAGUGUGAGAACUAGGUCACGGGGGAGUAGUUCUGAAGGUGACCCAACAGGAAGGUCAUCUAAAGGUCAUAAGGUCAAAAAAUCUCAGAAAAACUUCCCGAAUUCCUCCGAUGAUUCUGAUAAUAAAACUAUAGUUCUCAGCUCUGAACUGACCCGCAGUGAUGUGGAAAAAAUUAGAAAUAUGCCCAGAACUGCUUCCUCUCAAGAUACAGGAAUGUCCGAGUGUUCAAGUUCUAGUCACGUAUCCUGUCCCGACCCUGUCAAUUACAACAAAAGUCCAGCCUCCUAUGUCGAAAAUGAAAAAGAAAACAUGUUCAGUUUAACGGACGAUAACGAAAUAGUAGCGACACAGGAAAUUGAAACGUCCACGAGUGAGGUUUUAACACAAAAAACUGAAAUGGCACCGAAGUUUAAAAUUGGUAAUUCUCCUGAAAUGGAUUUCUCUAACAACGAUGCUCUAAAUGCCAGGAUUCUUGACGAUAUUUUGAACGCGAGUGACGGAGAGAGUUCGAACAUUGCAGCUACCGACUAUUUCCAGCAGUCUGGCCUUCCUGAUCUAUCCAUGACCUCUCUUAAUGUAGAAAAUUCACCAGCUUCUAAGUCGUCCUUAUCCUCUACACCCGACUUUGAUAGAGUUUCAGUUUCACCAAAAAGUCAAAAAGAAACUGAAACAACAAAAAAGAGUUAUAAAGUGAAAGGGAAGAUGCGUAGACUUAAACCCGAUUUAAGUCCUCCUCAAAAAUCAGCUGCUGCUCCCGAAUUAUCCUCGGCUGUAGCGGUCGGUAUAGAAACGACAGGAUCAAUGUCGAGAAGGGGGAGAUUAUCCAUGCCCGACAUUUGUGCUGUUAUUACUAGGACGGAACCCCGGAACAGACUCGGUGUAAUAGACGCUCGGUCGGAGCCGGAUAUUCCGGGACAGUUAAAUGAUAAUGAGGACAAUGACAAUGAUUCUCAUGUAGGAUCACCCUAUGUUGGUAACAGUCUUGGUGCUAUGAGCGGAUGGUCAUCCUCCUUUGACCUGGAAGCUCAGGACACUGUUCAGCCCCUCCGGGGUCCAAGUGUUAGUGAGACAGUGACCAUAGGGCGGCCAAAAUCGGAGAGCUUCGGCAGCCUGCUACAGAACUACACUCCCUCAAGUUCCGCUAUGACAUCGCCUUCCCUCGACGAUGUGCUGCAGGACUUACCCGAUAUACACAAAGCAUCCCCUUCCAAACACGACAUCCAUGCUGAACAGGUGGAAAAAGAUAAUAGCGCUGAUGACUUUGAAAUAGUUUCAGCCUAUAGUUAUGCUUCUAACGAGAAGCUGGACCGAAACAUGGAGAAUCGGCUAGCACUGCUGGGAGAGAUCGCCUGUGAGAAAGGCCUUGAUGCUCAAAACUACAAGUGUGGAGGCUGUAGUAGGCCUGUGGGUCUCAUCUAUGGUAACCCACGCCUGUGUACGUUUGAUGGUAUGUAUUACUGCUUUGAAUGCCAUGAGAAUGAUGAAUACUACAUUCCAGCCUUUAUCAUCCAUAACUGGGACUUCAGGAAACACAAAGUGGCAAAAAGAAACUUAAGCUUUCUGCAGGAUUCCGAGGAUCAGGCCUUCAUCAAUAUUGCUGAAGUUAAUUCUAAAUUGUAUGAACAUGUCAAGGAAAUGGAGGAGAUACAGUUGAGCCGAGUCCAGCUGACCUACCUGAAAACGUACCUAUUCACCUGUAAACAGUCCAUCGCUGAGGAGUUUAGGAAGAGUGUCUGGCCUAAAGAUUACCUAUAUGACACCACAGAGGCGUACUCACUGUCUGAUCUACUUCAAGUUCCUUCAGGUCAAUUGCAGCAGAGUCUGAAAAAGGUCAUAAAGUUUGCCUCCAAGCAUGUGUAUGAUUGUCGCCUUUGCAGCCAGAAAGGUUUCAUCUGUGAGCUUUGCAGCAGCCCUAAAGUCAUCUAUCCAUUUGAGGUUGCCCUUACUGUGAGGUGCCAUCGAUGUAAGUCCGUCUUCCACAAAAGCUGUAAAACCGAGUCUCGUCAGUGUCCGAAAUGUCAGCGCCGUGACAGUCGCAAGUCACUAGGUCACAUUGAGCCGCAAACACCAGAUAUUCACGAUUAUGCUUACUCUCCACAUCGGUAGCAUAGGUCAUAGGGUUAUAGCUAGGGUCACAAGGGUAAAGCGACAAUGUGAAACCAAGGCCAUCAGGCUUCAUCUUUGACUUAGUCUGUAACAGAAACAUUUAGUCAUAACAUUUACAAAUUUACUGAAACAUGAUAUUUAUGAAAGGUCUUUUAACAAAGAAAAAAUGUAACCGACAUGAAUUAAUUUUUGUCUUCAUGGAUGAAAGUUUUAAAUUUUCCCGAAACAACUCUUUUGAAAUUAAGUCAAACUUAUUUGUUUCACCAUUUUGAAAACUAACAAGAGUAGUUGCUAUAUGUUAUGUCUUUCUUUAUCCUAACUUUGGCCCAACAGAAUGUAGUGGGGUUUUGUUUAAUUCAAAAUUGACACCAGUUAACAUUUACAAGAUUAUUUUUAUAUUCAUAUAUAUACAAUUAAACGGUAUAUUUCUGAAAGUAGCCAUUUUCAAAUUGACAACAGAUCAAGUAUAGUCUGUGAUGUCAUGCUUAGUUGAAUUAUAGCUGUUAAGCAGUUAUCUGUUUUCUUUUUUUGGUGGAAUUACUGGUGGAAACAAAUUUUGAUAGAUACACAAGAAUUAAUGACAUACUUAAUUAGGAGGUACACAAAAUAUGAUGAUGCUUUUGUAUCUAAUUAACAUCAUAUUAAGUAUAAACAAGAUAACAAUUUAUUAGUUGAAUGAUCAGCUCUCUUAUUAUUCUGUGAGGCCAGCAGAGAGGAAGUUUUACUUUUGAAUUUUAUGUUUUAAUUUGUAAUGAUGAAAAAAGUUUCAUGUUAACUUAAUUGUGAUAAAAUGGUAUGUAUGAAUAUAACAUGGAUUCUGCCAAAUCUGAAUGUGUAGCUAAAUUGUGAUAUGUACAUGUUUAUAGACGGGAAAAGAUUAUUGGUUGUAGUAAUGUGUAAUGUAUGUGUAUACGGUUGUAUUAACUUCAAAGGGAACUCUUCUACUACUUUGCUUCAUGGAGAACUUUUCCUGAGCUUCCAGGAGAAGGUACCAUAUAUACUUUAACUCAUUCACCCCUGAAGACACAUUUGAGCUCUUCCAAUUCAAAAAAUUGGAAUAGUUCAUUAUGAAAUUUCAGGGGUGAAUGAGUUAAAAGUGUCAAUUGCAAUUUCAAGUUUGAUGCAGAGAUUUCUUUUAAACAUCAUUAAAUCUAAAUCUGAGAAUAUUUUCAUACAUUUGUGUUGACUUAAUUGUUUUCAAAGGUAUGACAAGUUAUUCAGAUGAAAUCAAUUUCACUUUGCCAUUUUGUUCUUUGUCUUACAAAAUAAUGGGAGUGAAGUUUUAUUUCCAAGAAUAAAAUGUUUUUUUCAAAUCAUUCAACAGCAAAGUUUUAAAAUAUUAUCGGAUAAAUCAUCAAUUUAUUAAAU